GACUUUUAUUUUGAAUUCUGCAGUAAACACCGGAAGUUCCAUCGACACUCAAUUCAUAUUCACUGAAUUCACUGAGAGCAGAGGUGGAUAACAUUGAAUGUGUGAUCAUACUUAACAUGUUUCGUUCAACAACGAACAUGACCUGAAUCAUUUUAUGAGCGAUUCGAUUGAAAAACUUUGCGGGACCGGAUCCGGAGGGAUGCGCAGCUGGAGGUGGUACCUCUCCAAAGUCAUGCGUCUCUUCCUGCGCUGGUUCCGGCUCUGCCCUCGACGGGGACGCAGAAAGCGGUCGAGCAGAAUACGAGACCUGUGGAACUAUGGGACGGUGCUACUGAAGUCCCUGUACUACAACGUCCAGACCAAUUCAGACACGGUGCUUGACUGUGUCUUUGAGCCCAUCUACUGGCUGGUGGACAAUAUGACCCGCUGGUUUGGAGUGGUGUUUGUGUCUCUGGUGAUCGUCUUGACCAGCUCCAUCGUGAUUAUCGUCUAUCUGUGCGUUCUUCCCAUCAUCUUCAGCACGUAUCCCGUUCACUGGAUCCUCUGGCACCUCUGUUACGGCCACUGGAACCUCCUCAUGCUGGUCUUCCAUUACUAUAAAGCCACGACCACGUGUCCGGGUUUCCCUCCACAGGAAAAGAGUGAUAUACCAACUGUUACAAUCUGUAAAAAAUGUAUAGUUCCCAAACCAGCUAGAACUCAUCACUGCAGUAUCUGCAACAGAUGUAUUUUGAAAAUGGACCACCACUGUCCCUGGUUGAAUAACUGCGUGGGUCAUUUCAACCACCGCUACUUCUUCAGUUUCUGUCUGUACAUGACCAUGGGCUGCGUCUACUGCAGCAUCAGUGCCAAAGACAUGUUCCUGGACGCUUAUGAUGCCAUCGAGUCAGGCAGGUAUAUGGACAUUCACACACAAGGGGAGGCGGUCCCGGGGGCGGGGCUAAUCUAUAUCCCAUUCCUGCAGCAGAGCUCCUAUCAGACGCCUCCUCCUGCCUUCACUCAUCAGGAGAGGAUGGUUCAUAAGAGCCUCGUUUAUCUGUGGGUGUUGACGAGUUCGGUGGCUGUGGCUCUGGGAAGCCUCACAUUGUGGCACGCAGUGCUGAUCACCAGAGGAGAGACCAGUGUGGAGAGACACAUCAACCGCAGAGAGAGGAAACGACUCAAACUGAGGGGCAAAAUUUUCCGUAAUCCAUACCACCAUGGGAAAAUCAACAACUGGAGAAGGUUUUUUGGUGUUGAGAAGCGGAGUGACUGGCUAACACGGGUUCUGCUGCCCUCCUGUCAUCUUCCUCACGGGGACGGCCUGACGUGGGACUGUCCUGCAUACAGGAACAACACUGUGGCGAUCUGACGUCAUGAUGAUCAGAUCCGCUCAUAUCAGACUCUUAAGACUGAAGGGGCUCUGCAUCACCCCUGACCUUUACAAACGAACGACUGCUGCCGAUUAGGCCGUCUUAUGAGGGUUUUUUUAUGGGCGUUUACUGAAAUGUGUGUUUACUGUACAGCGUGAGAUCCUUGUGCCGAGUUCAAAGUAGUACUUGGUGCCAAAGACUUGAUGUGAAUGGAUUUUGGUGACAUCUGUGGAAUAUUUAUAUUUUUUAACUUCCAGUGUUGAUCAUGAUGACACAUGGGAAUCUUUGAGCUAUGAACUGUUUUUCACAAUGUUUUUGAAUGUCUAAACAUUUCCAAAGUGGUCCAUGCAUUUUGUUAAAAAGAAGUUAUUUUACAAUAAUUUGCAAAUGUUUUCUAAUGAACACACUGAUAUGGUUUUAAUUAUGAAGUACGCAUGUAGUUUUACCUGUACAGAUGUGUGAUGGGCUCCAGAAGUCUGAGACCACUGGGAAAAAAAAGUGUAACAAAUAUUUUUUAUUCUUUUCUAAUCACAUUUAUCUUGUUAUAAAUUAUAUUGUCGGCAGGAUUGAAUUACAGACUCUUAUAUUUAUACAAGAAUAUUUUUUUCUUUUCAUAAAUUUGUUUUUUUAAUAAAUUCGCUUCACUACUA